UAAAGCAUACCGGCAGCAGACGUCGCGGGAUUAAUCGCGCAAUUAAACGCGCCAGCUUUUAACGUUUCGCGUCGGGAGUCGGGACUUGCGGCCUAGUGCAGGCUUCUCUCGGCUCAUGCUUUCCGUUACAAAAUAAAAAAAACUCUUAAACAACUGCUGCGAUAAACAUCUUCAACGACCCGAUCCAAACAUCUUCAAUGUUUAUCGUCUUAAACAUUUUUUUUUUAGCAGUACGUGUUUUUUGUAUCAUUUGCAUGGACUUUUGUUGUCUCCCUUCAUAUGAAGAAGCGCCUAACAACACGAAAACUCUGGACCACGACAACAAAGCGGUCCAGUGUUUUUAGUGUCUAUCGUCUGUAACAAACACAUCCCGGCCGUGACCGAGGGCGUCCUGGAAUGCGGUUGAUCCGCGUACAUUAUCGGGAUAGUUGUUGGAUGCACGCUCACCAUGCAUACCAGGUGCUGUAGGCUGCGUUGCUACGCGGAGGGAGGUGUAGCAGAAACGUCCAUUGUACAGUACUGUAGUAUAUUCUUGGUUCUCUCGGUAAAGUCACCACGUAGAAGGGAAACAUUGAAAUAAUAAAAAUAUAAAACAGUAAAAUUCUCACGACGGUUCGACUUGCAACACCAAGCAAUCAUCAUGAGUGGUGGCAGCGUCGUCAUCACCAUCAUCAUCCUGAUGACGACCCGAUCCAAAGUGAGGAGUCCCCUGCAGAGGGUGCAGAGGAGCAUCGACGACGUGAAGAAACGUCUCGACGCGCUCAUCGCCGAGGAGCGAGACGGCGGACAGCGGAGCAGCGGCCCCGGCAACAGGGAGCUGGGACGGCGCUGCGAGGACCUCCGGGCGCACGCGGAGGGCGUCCGGCGGGAGCUCGCUGCGCUCGGAAAGGCGGACGAGCCGGCGCCCGUCUCCGAUUACGACGGCAAGAAGGAGGAAGAGGGGCGGCGCCUGCAGCGGAUCCUGGCGGAGCUGCGACAGCUGGCGCGGCGGUGUGCACCGCCCGACAGUCGUGAAGGCACCGAGAGCGAAGGAGAGGAUGAUGAAGAGGGAGAGGAAGGAGAGGAUGAUGAUGAUGAGGGAGAGGAAGGAGAGGAUGAUGAUGAUGAGGGAGAGGAAGGAGAGGAUGAUGAGGAUGAAGAUGAUGAUGAAGAUGAAGAGGGGGAGGAGGUAAAGCAGGUGAAGGGGGCGUCGGUGCAACAGGCAGAGGAAGCGGAGGGUGGAGGAAGGCAGACGAGAGAGGUGCAACUUAAAACGUUUGUUGCUCUCAGCGACUUCACGUCGCAGGAGGCCGGCGACCUAUCCUUCAGGAAGGGGGCGGUGCUGCUGGUGCUGAGGAAGAAGCCGGACGGGUGGUGGGAGGCACAGGACGAGCACGGCGCACGCGGGAUGGUGCCCAGCACGUACCUGCAGCACCAGAAGCCGGGCAAAGAUGAAGACGACGAAGAAGACCAGGAUGACGACGAAGAGGAUGACGAGGACGACGAGGAGUCGGUUCCUUCGAGCGAAGAGGAAGCCGGCAGCAGGCGGCACGACACCUCGUCGGGGCGCGGCCUCAAAGCAGCUCUAGACGACACGAGCGCCAGCGCCGCUAUGACAGCGAUGGGCGCCGUCCCCCCGGGAUUCCGCCCGUCCACACUGCACCGGCUGCUGCUGCUGCGCGGCGAGAGCGCGGACGAGUUCAGCACGCGCGGCCACCUCCUGCCACGCCUCGGCCCCUCGCAGCUCUCCUUCCGCGACCUGCAGUGGAGUGAGGAGCAGGGCGGCGUGAGGCCGCGGACGUGCCGAGUCAGCCGCACCUUUUACCUCGCCGGCGCCAAGGCCAUCCCGCCGCCGGGACCCAGCGUGCAGGUGGCGAGCCUCCACGUGCGCGUGUGCCUGUUUGACGGGCGCCGCGUGCUGAGCAACGUGCACGCGGUGCGCGCCACGUGGCGGCCGCGCAACCCGGGCCGCUGGACCUUCUCUCCCCGCGUCGGCGGGCUGCUGCCGAGCCUCUUGGACGGCGAAUUCUUUGCCCGCUCCGACAACGCCUCGCCCAAUCUCGGGCUGCUGUUCGAGUUGGGCAUCUCGUACGUAAUGCGGUCGCACGCCGCCGCCACCGACACGUCACCGGCGGCAGAGCUGGAGCUCGGUGAGCUCAGCUGCGGCUGGGCCUUCAUGCGGCUGUUCGCCGAAACCGGCCUGGCCAUCGCCAGCAAGUCCUACGAGCUCGAUGUGCACGGCGGCACCCCCUACGAGCGCGACGUCGAACUGGACCCCUCGGCCGCCGGCCGCGCCGGCGGCGCCCUCCGGCAGAUCUUUUCCAACGCCAGGCCACGGCUGUUGGUGAGGGUGCGCACCCCGGCGGCGCCGCUGCGGCGGGCGCUGGACCGCCUGCCGCAGACGCUGGUGAGCUGCGUCUGCUACGUGUCGGUGCUCGUGAUGUACCGGCAGCUGCUGGCCGGCGCGCUGCUCGAGGGUCGCGGCGACGAGACGGACGCCCGGCCGGUGGCCGACGACGUGCUGGCGUCGCUGGGCGAGCUCGUCGGGCUGCCCGACGUCAUGGACGCGCUGCGCAGCGUGUGGGCCGAGCGGCGAGCGGGCCUGCGCCGGGCGGAGCGCGGAGACCGCCGCCUCAUGGAGGAAACUUUUCGGCGGGCUCACCGCGACACGGCGCAGCUGCUGCUGCACCUGGCGAACCUCCCGCCGAACCGAUGGGGCCACGGGCCGAACGAGGCCGAGAGGUGGAUGGCGAUCGGAUCCAUCCUGAGCCAGGGCCGCCAGGCGGGAGGCUCCCUGCUGGGACUGCUGUCGCCCGAGCUGCAGCACGAGCCGUUUCACAUCGACCAGGUGGCAUUCUCGCUCACGAGGGACGCGCCGAUUCAUGCACGGGAGAGCGGUGGCGGCAGUGGCGGGGAGGUCGCCGAUGCGGUUUAGACGGUCGUGUGGCGGACACCCGGAUGAGAUCUGGUGACUUGGACGCAGGGUUUUGUGGAUGGAGAUUGUGUGAGGCACCAAGCUACAGGGUACUGUAAAAGGCAGUUCUGCAAAAUUGAUUCUCUAUACUAUACGUAUUGUUUAGGGGGGCAGAAAAAAAUCUACUCAGCUUGCCACACAUAGUAAUGUUCAUCAUGUCACCAUAAAACUGAUAUUUUUAAUUCGAGGUACUGAAAUUUGGCCAAAGUCCAAAACUACAUUUAACGUGAUGACCUUCAAUUAACUGCACUUGAUAGCCUGCUUUCAUCACUGGCGGCUGCCUCGAUUCGAACUCAAUGUUUUUAUCAAUAAGUAUUUGUUUUGCAUUUUUCUCAGAAUUUAAUUCUAAUUAUGCUAUCAGCAUUGUGUUAUGGGACGAAAUAAAUUUCAAUCCAAAACUGUAGUAGCUAGUAGUGCAUCACCCCGUAUCAGAGAAAAACAACGCCAAGUAUAUGGGGUCACAGAACUACUGAAGUCACUUCCAGCAGACCUCUUUAUCCACACUAGUGGCACAGCUUUCAAUGCCAGGCAAAUAUUAUUUGUUCCAGUCAAUUGAACAAAAAAAAUCUAAUACUCAACAGCUGUAAGAAGCCAAAUUAAGUGAAAACCAAACGUAAUGUGAUGGCAGAAUUUUUGUGCAGUCAUUGAGGGUG